AUGCCUCGAGCCAUUGAAAAGGACGACUGCUUCACAUGUGCUGCAAACAGUCGGUUAUGCGACCGACAACUCCAUCGAUGCAGGACGUGUACAGAUAGCUCAGAAGUGUGCCGCUAUCCCGUCUCGUUGCGUUGGAGAAUUGAACCGUCUUCACGACGAAAACGGCCCAUACUAGGAAGCAGACCACGUCGUGUACAAUCGAGCAGUGUGAAACGAUCCGAUACCUCAGAGGUUUCGCAGACACCUAUCUCGUUGUCCGCAAUCAACACUCCCACAGAGACAUACAGCUCGUCCUUUGACCCCAUCGUACCAGAGGAAGAUACAGAUUCAGCGGUUCAGGAUUUUCCCCUGUGGUCUGCUCUGAGUGAAGCCGAUGAGGGACAGUUGAUGGCUGCCGGCUCCUCGGUCAACGACGUUUCGCUGAAUAUUGCGAAUGGAAUUUCCCAUCCUCCUCCUGCUGUACUGGACGUAUCCGACUGUUUGAUCACCACUACUACUACUUCUACUACCAAUGCAUCCGCAAACUCGCUCGGUGAAAAGUCUUCUGGGCCAUCUUCAUUGCCAGCAGCAGCAUCAGCAACUCAUGGAUGGUCCCCGAAUGCCCAAUUUUACCAAGAUGCAAACCUCACCAAACCCUUUGAAAUCAGUAGCCUCUUAGAUCUCUACCGCAAUCAACUCUGCAAAAUCCCUGUCACGCACGAUUUUCCCGCCAACCCUUUCCGCUGCGACACCACACCUUCAUUACUCUCGAUUCACCAGACGCAUGCUAUUGUCGCUAUUACGCUCCAAUAUCUCAGUCGAGCGCCCUCUCCGGUUUCCAAUCAGCUUUGGCUGCGACAUGUGGCGAAACGAGAACGGGAAUUGGCGUGUAAGGGACGGAAACAAAGUGGUGGUGGUGGUGAGGCUUUUUGCUCGUCGGAGUUUUUGGAUACGCUGUUGGUUUUGGUGACUCUUGAGCACAUGUGUCGAGGCGCAGGGCCCUGGCAAGGUCUAAUCCUCGACGUCAUGUCCAUCGUCGAAGGGGCCGGUGGCAUAUCACAAAUGACACGCUCUCCACGCCGACAAGCCCAACUCGCCAUGUUUGUGUGGUGGGACAUCACCAUAUCUCUCCUCUCUCGGCAGCGAGGUUUCUUGUCGCAGCAAUAUUACGACUUUGUCCUCGGGUGCGAGUGCGAGGAAUGGAAUUUUGAAGAUUUGACGGGAAUUCCUAGGAGUUUGGUUUCGGCUUUGGUGGAAAUUGUGCAACUUACACAGGCGCAGAAUCGGAUUGUCGGGAUGAAAUGGGCGUUGUUUGAUGAUUGGAGAGUGAGAGAAAUUGAGCGGGAUUUGAGUGAUUCUGCUUCCUUUUUGCUGCCGGAUUUGAGAAUUGGUGAUGAAGUCGAUACGGAUGAGAUGAUUCAGCAUAAACAUGAUCGGACGGCGUGUAUUCAGGCUUGGAAAUUCGCUGUUCGUUUAUACAUUGCACGAGUAUUCCCCUCCAGCAGCGGUGGCGGACAACAACAACAACAACACUACCACCACCAACAUUCAGCAAAAAUCCUUUCUCUCGCCCGCCAAACCCUCGACGCCGCCCGCUCAUGCCGCUCCACCUCAGUCAUGAGCAAACAACUCCUCUUCCCGAUUUUCCUCGCGGGCUCCGAAACCAACGACGCGUAUUCACGGCGCUACGUCGAAGCAUAUUGCAAAUGUUGGUACGCAAAGACUCGCUACCAACUCUUUCCGGAUACGUUGCAGUUGCUCACGACGAUUUGGAAUCUUCGCGAUUUGGGCCAUGGAGAUGAUCAUGAGACGUGGUGGGGAUCUGUGUUGGCGGAUUUGGAGGAUACCACGUUGUAUCAUGGGCGGUUGGUGCGGAUUCAUUAUCUUCUUGGAUAG